GGCCAAACAUCCGGGUUUCUCCUUUUUGCGUUCCGGUUGAACUCACCUCUCUUUCUCGCCCCUGGACAUCUCCCUCCUUCAGGCCCGCGUCUCUCCCACUCCUCCGCGCGCUGGACUAGCGCGGGCUUCAGUGACGGGAGCCCUCGAGGGACAUGGCAACUACAGCGGCGCCGGCCGGCGGCGCCCGAAGCGGGGCUGGUCCGGAAUGGGGAGGUUUCGAAGAAAACAUCCAGGGUGGAGGCUCAGCUGUGAUUGACAUGGAGAACAUGGAUGAUACCUCAGGCUCCAGCUUCGAGGACAUGGGUGAGUUGCAUCAGCGCCUGCGCGAGGAAGAAGUAGAUGCCGAUGCAGCUGCAGCGGAAGAGGAGGAUGGGGAGUUCCUGGGCAUGAAGGGCUUCAAGGGACAGCUGAGCCGGCAGGUGGCUGAUCAGAUGUGGCAGGCAGGGAAGAGACAAGCCUCCAGGGCCUUCAGCUUGUACGCCAACAUCGACAUCCUGAGACCCUACUUUGAUGUGGAGCCUGCCCAGGUGCGAAGCAGGCUCCUGGAGUCCAUGAUCCCUAUCAAGAUGGUCAACUUCCCCCAGAAAAUCGCAGGUGAACUCUAUGGACCUCUCAUGCUGGUCUUCACGCUGGUUGCCAUCCUCCUCCAUGGGAUGAAGACAUCUGACACCAUUAUUCGGGAGGGCACCCUGAUGGGUACAGCCAUUGGCACCUGCUUCGGCUACUGGCUGGGUGUCUCGUCUUUCAUUUACUUCCUCGCCUACCUGUGCAACGCCCAGAUCACCAUGCUCCAGAUGCUGGCAUUGCUGGGCUAUGGCCUCUUUGGGCACUGCAUUGUCCUGUUCAUCACCUAUAACAUCCACCUCCAUGCCCUCUUCUACCUCUUCUGGUUGCUGGUGGGUGGACUGUCUACUCUACGCAUGGUGGCAGUGUUGGUGUCACGGACUGUGGGCCCCACACAGCGGCUGCUCCUCUGUGGCACCCUGGCCGCCCUACACAUGCUUUUCCUGCUCUAUCUGCAUUUUGCCUACCACAAGGUGGUAGAGGGGAUCCUGGACACGCUGGAGGGCCCCAACAUCCCGCCUAUGCAGAGGGUCCCCAGAGACAUCCCUGCCGCGCUCCCUGCUGCUAGGCUUCCUGCCACCGUGCUCAAUGCCACAGCCAAGGCUGUUAUGGUGACCCUGCAGUCACACUGACCCCACCUGAAACCCUUGGCCGGCCCCCUCUCCCCCCAUCUUCGGAGCAGAGGAAGAUUAAAGAACAGUAUUGAUGACAUGUGUCUUUUUGAUGGGGUCUGCAGCUGCCUCAGAGCUGUAGCCACUUAAGCAACUCCCUGAUGCCUCUUGGGGCUUCUGAAGGGCACAAGGCCAGGAACCCCUGGCCAGGACUGCAGGGCUCUGCAGCCAGUGCAGAAAGUGGGUCAGCUCCUCUGAGGCCCUCUCUCCACCUACUCCUUCCUUCCUCUUUAACUCUCCCACGGUGUCUUGCUAAAUAUAGACUUGGUAAUUAAAAUAUUGAUUGAAGUUUGGAA